GACACAGAUAGCAUGACUUCCGUAUAUCGGAAAGUGACAUGAAAUCUAUGGCAAGUUGUGAAUGGAGCGAUCUUGGUGAUGAUGAAUUUGGAAGUACAACAGAUGACGAAGUGUUUGAUACACAUUCAGAAGGUCAAAGAGAAACGCGAGUCAAUACAGAUUUACAGGAUCGAAUGGAACAGUUAGGUUUUAAUGACAAACUACAUGCACAGUUAGUUAACAAUAAUUAUAAACAUGACGAUCAUAGUGAAAGAAACACUGAGGUUGUGGAGGGACAUAUUGAACCAGAUCAAUGUGGGACUAGUGAAGGAAUAAACGUUGUCAAUGAAAAUGAUGUUAAAUCAGGAGUUUCGCGUGAUACAGGAAAUGACGUCAUGUCAAAUGAUAAACCGACAUUAGAUAGUAUCAAUACAAAAUUGAAUGACGCCAAAACGUGUAUUGUAAGUGAGGUAGAUAAAACUGAAAGUGAUAAGAAUGAAACAGAAGAAUAUAUCGGAUGUGACAUGCAAUCUGUUGAACGCCCUUCUUUAUCGGGAGAAGAAGAUUAAAACGCAUUAUUUCUAAAAAUUUAAAACUUAUUUUUUACCUUGAAUAGAGUAUUUUUCUAUUUGUAUAGAUAUCAUGUAUAUAUAUUUAUAAUACUGCAUGUUUGUAACGUUGCUUUUCAUUAAAUAAGUUUAUAUAGUUUAAUUUACACGGCUGCUGUCAAUUUACAAGAAAUCUGACUUUUUUUCUCCAAAAAAAAGCAAGUAUGCUGUAUUAUAAAUUCGUUUAAAAAUCUUUAAAGUAUAUAGACUAUAUUAGCGUCACGAUUAUCCUAUUAAAAGCGAUGUUACAAACAUGCAAUAUUAUAAACCCGAUUAGAUACUUUCUGCGUAGAUGAUAUUGUUAAAGACACUUAAUAUUUGUAGGGUAAUAAAUUGAAAUACUUAGAAAAUUAGUGAUAGAAAUUUAUGGACACUAUUGAUUUGACAGACGUAGACAAUGCUAGCGUAGGUUUAUUUUAGCCAUAGAACAUGUUAUCACCCUUGAUGUUUUAUGAAAUUUGAACAAUGAAUUGUUUAUUUUUGUUAUGCAAAUGUGAUUUUGGAAAAAAAUGUUUUAAGCAUAUUUUUGUAUCAGGGCUUGUGCAAUAAAAAUAGAAUAUUAAAAAUAGAAUAUUAAAACAUUAACUAGUA